AUGGCAAUUGUUUUGGACAUCAGACUUAAAAGAGUGAACAAAGUUUAUCACGAAGGAGAUUUGGUCAGCGGAUUAGUCGUAAUUCAAUCACCGUCUGAUUUUAAACACGAUGGCAUAACAUUGGUCGCCGAAGGAACCGUAAACCUUCAAUUGAGUGCGAAAAAUGUUGGGAUAUUGGAAGCGUUCUAUCAAUCGGUUAAACCGAUACAAGUGGUUAAUUGCACUCUGGACGUGGCAGCCUCUGGAAAGAUUCCCGCUGGUAAAACCGAAAUACCUUUUGAAUUCACAUUAACGCCAAGAACCAACAAAACCCUGUAUGAAACAUACCAUGGAGUUUUUGUCAACAUUCAAUAUCAUUUGAGAGUCGAUAUGAAAAGGUCUUUCCUCGCUAAAGAUCUUAGCAAAAUGUGUGAAUUCAUUGUGGAAUAUCAUCCGAACAAGUGUGAAAAAGCCAAACCACAUCCCAUAUCGUUCACAAUCACUCCUGACUCGCUUCAAAACGUUCGUAGGAAAAAUAGCAUUCCAAGAUUUUUGAUCAGAGGUAAAUUAGACUCGACUGUUUGCAAUUUAACAAAACCAUUCACUGGAGAAUUGAUAUUGGAACAUUGUGAGCUACCAAUCAAAUCUGUUGAAUUACAACUUGUCAGAGUUGAAACAUGUGGCUGUGCCGAAGGUUAUGCAAGAGAUGCCACCGAAAUUCAAAACAUCCAAAUAGGAGAAGGUGAUGUACCGACAAAUAUAGCCAUACCUAUUUACAUGAUUUUUCCAAGGUUGUUCACUUGUCCAACUUUAGAUACAAAUAAUUUCAAAGUCGAAUUUGAAAUCAACAUAGUAAUAAUAUUUCAAGAUGAUCAUUUAAUAACGGAAAAUUUCCCAAUCGUUUUAACAAGAGCAUAA